CACUUGCUGGCCGGCACGCUCGCGGGCGUGACCACCCCACUGGUGGUUCACCCGCUCGACCUGGUCAAAGUGCGCCUGCAGGUGCAAGAUGCUGAGCGUCUUGAGGCAGGCGCCACCGCACAGAAUCAGCGCCCAUACUAUCGUGGGACUUGGCACUGCCUUCGAACUGUUGCACAGGAAGAGGGUUGGCGUGCCUUGUAUCAAGGCGUCAUCCCCAACGCCGUUGGCUCGGCCGCUUCUUGGGGCAGCUAUUUUUUCUUCUACAAUGCCUUUAAGCGCAUGAUGCAAGCACAUGUAGAGGCGGAUCGCCUCGGAAAUCUGCAUCAUCUAGCCGCCGGAACCUUGGGCGGCAUGUCCACGCUCAUCAUGACCAACCCCAUCUGGGUGGUGAAGACGCGCAUGUGUGUACAGGAUGCACGCGGGCCGGAGCGGUACACGGGGCUCAUCUCGGCGUUAUCUACUAUUCUUCGGGAGGAGGGGGUGCGUGGCCUGUACAAGGGCUUUGGGCCUGGCAUGUUGGCCACGAGCCAUGGAGGUUUUCAGUUUAUGGCCUACGAGCGCUACAAAACCCGCGUCAAUGGCUUUCGUGGUCGUGCUCACGAUGGCCAGCUGACUGUCCCCGAGUAUUUGGUGGGAGCCAUGCUCUCCAAGACGUUUGCCGGAACGCUGACAUACCCUCUUCAGGUAGUG